ACGUCACUUCCGGGAUGUUGUCAGCCAGUCGAAAGCCGUCUCCGUCGAGCGCAGUCGGUGCGUGUUUAUGUCCGCGUUCGCGCCUCGCCGCAUUGGGUUCGAGUUUGAGAAUGGCCCGGGGUCUUCGCGUGCGCUCGCUGGCACUGUGAUGCGGAAGAGGUCUCAUUGAUGCUGCGGGGAUUUGUGUCGGAGGCAGCUCCCCGCGCUAGCUCGAGUCAGGAUGAUUCGCUGGAUCCGACAGCAGCUGGGCUUCGACCCUCCCCAUCAGAGUGACACACGCACAGUUUACAUAGCAAACAAGUUCCCACAGCACGGCCAUUAUAUUCCUCAGAGGUUUGCAGACAACAGGAUCAUUUCCUCCAAGUACACCAUAUGGAACUUCAUCCCCAAGAAUUUGUUUGAGCAGUUCAGAAGAAUCGCCAAUUUUUAUUUUCUCAUCAUCUUCUUGGUUCAGUUAAUGAUAGACACACCCACUUCCCCUAUAACUAGUGGACUUCCCCUGUUUUUUGUCAUCACAGUAACUGCCAUCAAACAGGGAUUUGAAGACUGGCUGCGGCACAACGCUGACAAUGAAGUGAACGGAGCACCUGUGUUUGUCGUGCGCAGCGGCAGUCUAGUCCAAACCCGAUCCAAGAAUAUCAGAGUGGGUGAUAUAGUGAGAGUAGCCAAAGAUGAGACGUUUCCUGCAGAUCUGGUGCUCUUAUCAUCCGAUCGGGCCGAGGGGACGUGCCACAUCACCACUGCCAGCCUGGACGGAGAGACUAACCUGAAGACGCACUACGCGGUGCCAGAAACGGCUGUGUCACAGUCGGUGUCGCGGCUGGAGUCUCUGCAGGCGGUGGUGGAGUGCCAGCAGCCCGAGGCAGACUUAUACAGGUUUGUGGGAAGAAUAACAGUAACCCAACAAGGAGAGGAGAUAGUCAGACCCUUAGGACCAGAGAACCUUCUGCUUCGAGGAGCAAGAUUAAAAAACACCAAAGAAAUCUUUGGUGUGGCGGUAUAUACGGGAAUGGAGUCCAAGAUGGCUCUGAACUACAAGUGCAAAUCCCAGAAACGCUCUGCAGUAGAGAAAUCCAUGAAUACGUUUCUCAUCAUCUACUUGGGCAUUCUGCUGUUUGAAGCCAUCCUCAGCACCAUUCUGAAGUACGCCUGGCAGGCAGAGAACAAGUGGGACGAGCCGUUUUAUAAUCAGAAGACCGAUCAAGAGAGAAACAGCAGUCAGAUUUUGAAGUUUAUUUCUGACUUCCUGGCUUUCCUGGUGUUGUACAACUUCAUAAUCCCCAUCUCGCUGUACGUGACCGUUGAGCUGCAGAAGUUUCUGGGCUCUUUUUUCAUUGGCUGGGACUUGGAUCUGUACCAUGAAGAGAGCGACCAGAAGGCUCAAGUCAACACAUCAGACCUCAAUGAGGAGUUGGGACAGGUGGAGUACGUUUUCACAGACAAAACGGGAACCCUCACUGAGAACGAGAUGCAGUUUAGGGAGUGUUCUAUCAACGGGAUCAAAUACCAGGAGAUCAACGGGAAGCUUGUCCCUGAAGGAAUGACAGAGGACUCUCCAGACGGAUCCGUGCCUUGUUUGAACAGGGAGGAGGAGUUGUUCCUGAAAGCCGUCUCUCUGUGUCACACGGUGCAGAUCAGUUAUGAUCAAACGGAUGGGCCAGGAGACCCGUUCUCUCAUGCCAACGGCUUCUCUCCUCAGAUGGAGUAUUACGCCUCUUCUCCUGACGAGAAAGCACUAGUGGAAGCUACCAAGAGGAUGGGUGUCACGUUUAUAGGAAGCCAUGGAGAAAACAUGGAGAUUAAAACAUUUGGAAAAGCAGAGAAAUACAAACUCCUCCACGUCCUGGAGUUUGACGCGGACCGCAGGAGAAUGAGUGUGAUUCUGCAGAAGCCCUCAGGUGAAAAGGUGCUAUUCACGAAAGGAGCCGAAUCAGCCGUUCUGCCCUACACCACGAGCGGCGAGAUCGAAAAAACCCGAGUCCACGUGGAUGAGUUUGCUAUGAAGGGUUUGCGGACGUUAGUGGUGGCCUGCAGACACUUCAGUGCAGAUGAGUAUCAGGAGGUGGACCGGCGGCUCCAUGAAGCCAGAACGGCUCUGCAGCAGAGAGAGGAACGACUGGUCGAGGUCUUCAACUUCAUCGAGAAAGACCUGGAACUGCUGGGAGCAACUGGGGUGGAGGACAAGCUGCAGGACAAAGUCCAGGAGACGAUUGAAGCUCUGCGGCUGGCUGGAAUCAAGGUGUGGGUGUUGACCGGUGACAAGCAUGAGACGGCAGUCAGCGUGAGCCUCUCCUGCGGUCACUUCCACCGCACCAUGAACAUCCUGGAGCUGGUGCAGCAGAAAUCAGACAAUGAGUGCGCCGAGCAGCUCCGCAGACUAGCCCGGAGGAUCAAGGAGGAUCAUGUGAUCCAGCACGGGCUGGUGGUGGACGGGGCCAGUCUGUCUCUGGCUCUGCGGGAGCAUGAGAAACUCUUCAUGGAGGUGUGUAAGAACUGCUCGGCGGUACUCUGCUGCAGAAUGGCACCUCUCCAAAAAGCCAAGGUGGUGAGACUGUUGAAGACUUCUCCUGAGAAGCCUAUUACAUUAGCCAUUGGAGACGGAGCCAACGAUGUCAGUAUGAUCCAGGAGGCUCACGUUGGUAUUGGAAUCAUGGGCAAAGAAGGAAGACAAGCUGUGAGGAACAGCGACUAUGCAAUCGCGAGGUUCAAGUUCCUCGCCAAACUGCUGCUUGUACAUGGCCAUUUCUACUACAUUAGAAUAGCAACCCUUGUGCAAUACUUUUUCUACAAGAAUGUGUGCUUUAUCACUCCGCAGUUUUUAUACCAGUUCUUCUGUUUGUUCUCACAGCAAACUCUUUAUGACAGCGUGUAUCUGACGCUGUAUAAUAUCUGCUUCACCUCUCUGCCCAUACUGGUAUACAGUCUGUUUGAGCAGCUGGUGCAUCCACAUGUUCUGCAGAGCAAACCAGCACUUUACAGAGACAUCAGUAAAAAUUCCCUGUUGUCCUUCAAAACCUUUUUGUACUGGACCUUCCUGGGCUUCUGCCACGCCUUCGUCUUCUUCUUCGGCUCCUACAUCCUGAUGGGAGAAGACACCACACUGAUGGGAAACGGACAGAUUUUGCGAGCUAACAGGCAACUGAUGUUUGGAAACUGGACGUUUGGCACUUUAGUAUUCACUGUGAUGGUUAUUACGGUUACGCUGAAGCUGGCCUUAGAGACACAUUUCUGGACGUGGAUGAAUCACUUUGUCACAUGGGGCUCCAUCGCCUUCUACUUCAUCUUCUCCCUGUUUUAUGGCAGCAUCAUCUGGCCAUUUCUUCACACGCAGGACAUGUACUUCGUCUUUGUUCAGCUGCUGUCCAGCGGCUCGGCCUGGUUUGCCAUCAUGAUCAUCGUCAUCGCCUGCCUGUUUCCAGAUGUCAUCAAGAAAGUCUUCUACAGGCACCUGCAGCCGACCAGCACGCAGAAAUCUCAGAUGGAAGCGGAUAAGGUUUCAGUCAGCUCAGAAUAUGACACUGCUGAAAUCGGGAGCAGAGGGGAGGACAAUCGGCCACUGAUCGCUGCUUUUCCUCCACCUCUGGUGCAGCCCUACCCUUCCCCUAGUUUACUGAGGCCGACCAGGGAAUCGGAUGCGUGGACUCCAUGUGCUGUUACUCAGAGGGGCAAAACUCCUGCUCACGGCUGGGCCGGCUGGUGGAGCGAAUGAUGGGCCGUUGCGACCCCGCUCGAGCCACCAGAUCUUCGAGCGACUCAGACACCUUCUUCUCCAACGACCGGAGCAUCCUGACGCUCUCACCCAUGGAGGUCUCUCAUUGUUAAUGCACCAGCCCAAAAAGGAUCAGCUCGUAUAGUUCGGAGACACCUGCCCUUUUACCCCGUCCCAUGCCCUUGUCCAGUCACCAGCCAGACUGUCACACUUUAAAAGCUCUUGAGUAUCACAUCAUAUGUGAUCAGCAACAAGGGACAGCCAGUUGCUCCUACAAAAACCAAAGGAUUUGUGUGUUUUGAGUUUCUGCUGCUAGUAAACCCACGGAACUGUCCGCAAAGGGCCGCCGUCUUUCCUGAGGAAAACGAGGGGGUCUGUUUGAAGCCAUAAUUCCCUCUUUUAAUUGCCUGAUUUUCAAGGUAUUAAAUGUGAGCGCCGUGUAGCGCUAGCUCACAAACCUCUAGACUCCUACCCUACGAUGCCUACCUGUACACCCAGCCUGAGUUGUGGUUCGUACAGACUUUCAUGAUGCAAGAAUGUCACGAUGGAGUCCUUGAUGGAAAACUAUCAUAUCAUCCAUGAACUCGAUCACUUUAUCCUCCAUCAGUCAUGUGCCUGCAUAUUAUUUCUCGUUUCCUCUGUCUCACACAUGCUAUGUUGUUAUCUCUAACCAUUGUCACCAGUUAAUUUAUCAUUAUCGUGUUCCUUGUUUUUCUGCUUGUGUUGCUAACCACUCGUCAAAGCGGUAUGAUGUUUUAAUUUUUUUUUUCUUUUUCAUUUGAGUGUGUAUGCGUGUGUGUAUUUAAUCACGUAGGAGUGCAUAGCCGAAGGAAAAGGUAUGAAGUUCAUCCCACAUGUGCCGUGGUUUAUUGUAAGGCCAGAGCAUUGAGACAACCGUUUUAAACUUGCUUAAAUCAACUAUAUUGAAAUUUAUGAUAUCAGACUGCAUGCUGCACUUGGGUCAAUCUGUCUCAAUAACCCUGUAACAGAGGCCUAAGUCAACUGGACCUAAAUGCUCCCGAUUUGAGGAGUCUAGUCUUGGGAAUUGUCUUUAUUUUUGCUGCAAAGGCUGUGACGCCCUGGAUCUCACAGGUAUCGGCUGAAAUCUGGUGCCGUGACCCGGGUGGCAAUUGGGAGUCUUCUCUCUAAACUUUAUUUGUAUUUCACUUUUUCCAUGUCAAUGUUCAAACCCAGAAUGACUCCUGAGUCCUGACCGCUGAUCAUUACUAUUUCAGAUCUUGUGUUGAAAUCCAAUGGCAGAAGUGUUUUGCUAUAUAAUGUAUUUUCUUGAAUUAUAUAGCAAUGCAGUAUGCCGCUUGUUACUCAGAGACAUUAGCAAUAAGACUCAAUCUAGACUGGAAAUACCUGAUCUAGCUGUGAUGUCAGUCAUCCAUGUUGCAGUUUCAUCUUUUUUGUGUAAACAUAUGUUCUUCUAACUGUACUCUCCUUACAGUGAACAUGUUUAAUUGCCGAUGUUUAUGAAAGUUCUAUUUACAGAAUAAAUACCUUUAUAAAA